GAACGUGGAAGACCACGAGUACAUUUUCUUAAGGGUUUACAGGAGAAAGCACUGAUAACGGAAGGAUUAUUUGCUGUCUGACCAGUAUACAAGUUGCGCUCAGACGCUAUAAAAACUGUCGCUUUAGAGUACACCCUGCUGGUUGCCGCGAUGAAGGUAGUUGUGAAAAAUGGAAUAAUAGUGCCCCAGUGAGCGCAGCAGUCUGUAAAAGCUGCUAUUACCUUUAAGAUAUUAUACCAGCGUGGACAUCGAUGAGUGUUACUUAGUGUACCUGGAACAGCGACAGCUGAAUAACAUGCAACAUUUUAUAUAUAAAGUGCUUCUAUUUUCCAAGGACAGCGGCGCACAAGUUGUAAGGUGCGGUACUUGACAGUGACACAAGGAAAGGACGCCGAAAACUGGAACUGGGAUUGUGUAUCUGCCGUCGAAGAAGCUCUGACUGAAUCUGGAGUGUCCUCUUAAGGACGGAGCAGGAAACACAACUUGUAGUAGAUCUGCUUGCAGAGGGGGAAGAUGUUUUGCUUAGGAGCGCAUCUGGAGCGGAGUUAUUACUCGUUUAAAUUUGCACAAAAUAUUUAGUCUAACUGUGUGCAGCUAGACCACUAACACCAAUUUGUCAGUAAUCUUGAGUUUUAAAAACUAUUUGUAGUGAAAAUAGGAAUAUAGAACUACCCCGGUUGUUCAGACGUACAGUUUCCGAGUUUGGAUUACUUCGUGGUAAAUGAGUUCCAUCAGGUGAGAAGAGUGAUGACCAUCCUUUUCCUUACUAUGGUUAUUUCAUACUUCAGUUGCAUGAAAGCUGCCCCUAUGAAAGAAGCCAACACUAGAGGACAUGGCAGCUCACCUUACCCGGUUCUUCGAACCCAUGGGACUCUGGACAGCAUAGGUGGAUCCAAAGCUGUGUCUAGGGGACUGUCUUCUUUAGCAGACACUGUUGAACAUGUUAUAGAAGAACUGCUGGAUGGAGAACAGAACAUCAAGCCAAGUGAAGGAGGCAAAGAUGCAGACUUGUAUUCAUCUAGGGUUAUGUUAAGCAACCAAGUGCCUUUGGAACCCCCUCUGCUCUUCCUUCUUGAGGAAUACAAAAACUACUUAGAUGCAGCAAACAUGUCAAUGAGGGUUCGACGUCACUCGGAUCCUUCACGCCGUGGGGAGUUGAGUGUGUGUGACAGUAUUAGCCAGUGGGUAACGGCAACAGAUAAAAAGUCUGCAGUUGACAUGUCUGGGCAGACCGUCACAGUCCUAGAAAAAGUCCCAGUACCCAAUGGCCAACUGAAGCAAUAUUUUUAUGAGACCAAAUGCAACCCAAUGGGUUAUACCAAGGAAGGUUGUAGGGGCAUAGACAAAAGGCAUUGGAAUUCUCAAUGCCGAACUACCCAAUCUUAUGUACGAGCUCUAACAAUGGAUAGCAAAAGAAAAGUUGGUUGGCGAUUUAUAAGAAUAGACACUUCCUGUGUAUGUACAUUAACCAUUAAAAGGGGGAGAUAGUGAAUUUAUGUUGUAUAGAUUUUAUUGAGAAAAUAUCUAUUUGUAUAUAUACAUAACAGGGUAAAUUAUUCCAUCAAAGAAUUCUAUGGACUGCAUGUAUAAAUGAAGUUUAUACAGUAAAGUGAUUCUAAAGUCUAUUUAUUGAACAUAUACAUGACCUAAAGGAAAAAAAAAAUCUGCGCACAACUUUGAAAUAAGUCUACAUUACAUUCCUCAAUGACAUUGUGUUUUGUUGCCGUUGCCAAGAAAAUGAAAAAAAUUAACAGAGUUAAAAAGUGCAUGCUGCUUCAGUUGUGAAUUGAUGAGAAAUUGUCCACCUUUAAACAAAAUGAACCAAAACAUUCCGUUUACAUUUUAGACAGUGGUCUUUAUUCUUGUUAUCUGCUUUAAACUUCUACAAAUGGCGUUGAAGUUAAAAUGUUAAGGUGCUGUUGUCAAAGCUUUACUGUUUAUUUUUUUUUAAUCCUGUUAGUUUAAAGAUCAUCAAUGUGUUCUGGAUAAAGACAAUUCAUUUUGUAUGUUGUGAUGUUGUUUGCGAUACUAAAUCAGAAUAAUAAAAAAAUAAAUAAAAAGAGAAAGGCAACUGAAAAGAAACUAUGACAUCAAAAUGUCAGUUCUUAACUCUGAAAGAAAUCUGAACAUGAUUAAAUAAAUGUUAUUUGUGUUGUUUUGUCUGAGUACAAAUUUUGAAACCAUUUUUGCAGUAGCAAGGUAUUAAUGGUCAUGGACUUGCUUGCCAGAAGGAGUUUAUUUUGGUUUUCUUACAUUCAAAAAUGAAAAAAAAAAAAGAUAUCUUCAGUUUUCAGAAUAAUUUAUUUAUUUAUUUACUUAAUUAAUUUAUUUAUAUAAAAUAGAUUCACUAAGCCCUUAGGUCCUAUUUUCAAGUGUGCCCCAAUGUUUGCAUUCUUUUAUGCUUUUUUAAAUCACCACCAAUACAAUAAACUCUAGAGAACCUUAAAUAUAUUAAAAGUAGUCAUAAAAACUCAGAAAUCAAAAAUUCGUCUCAAAGCUAAUAAUGCUACUAGUCUGUAAUAGCCACAUUACUCACCACUUAAUUACAACAUAUACUAAAAGUAGUCAAAACUCAGAAUUCAAAAUAUUUGCCUCAAAGCCAGUAAUGCUAGUACUUUUGUAAUCACAUUACUGUGGUAUGCAUCUAUGCAAUAACUCUCAAUAAGCAAACAUAUAUUUGGCAAAAUACAGGUAGUGUCUGAUUUCUGAGCUGAAAAAUAUAUCCGAAUCCUCUAUGACCUUUCCGUAGCUGCAAGUGUUACCAGCACUAAUUGGUUUGAGAUCACUCUGACUUGGGUUGUGGCACUGCUUCUCAGCAUUUUGAUGAAAGUAUCCAUCACUUGAUUUAUAUAAUAUACUUUUAAAUGUCAUCAUAAAUGAUGGAACCAUGUAAUAUACAAGAAAAUGGGCCAGCUACAGGUUUGGUUACUGAUCUUUUGCAUAUCCACAAUCCGUGAUGCAAAAGGCUAGACAUUAGAUAUGUCAGCAGCUUGAAAGUGAUGCAAUUUUUUUUUUUUAGUACAACACAUACAGAUAGGGAUUCAUAAAGCUCUUGCACUAAGCGUAAAUGAAACAUUCCCUGGAAGGCUGCUUGGCAGAUAGGCAACAAGUGGAGUAGCUUUCAUUUAGUCUAAGUGCUCUAUGACUUAUACCCCCAAAGUAAGCAUGUAGCAUAAGACAUAAGCAUGAAGCAAUCAAUUAAAGUAGUGAUAUUCAUUACUUGUUAUUGCACUUACGUUCGGGCAAGAGGCUUCCAAAACCCAAAGAAUUUAACAUUUUAACAGUUGUGUAAAGCUGUUAAAAGUUAGGCGAGUAACUUGAAAAUGUACCAUUAUCAUUCCAAAUGCAUAGUAGAUAAGAACCCAGUCCUGCAGUAAAUCCUGAAAUAUUUCUGGAAAUUUUACCAAACAAGGCUAGCAUUUUUCAAACAAGCUAGAUCAUGUAAGAGUGAACUGUAUAAUUACAUGCCCCACUAAUUUAUAUCCCUUUACCAUCUCUUAGUUUAAGAUAAAGAAACUCAUUUUUUCUCCAAUAUGUAGUAUGCCAAAUGGAUUGCUUAUAAUUCACACCAGUGAAAGAAGACUUAAAGAGAUGGCUUUUUAAUUAAGUAGCAAUUUUGAACUGCAAUGUCUAACUAUUGAUUUGAAAAUGGUAAUAGUAUAUCAAGGAUGUACACAUACAGAGUAUCUCUUAAAAUUAAGAGUUAUCCUCAUUGAUGGUGUAUGCAUUCAGAAAAUGUAAACAUGUUUUUCUGUGCACUUAAAGUAAAAGUGGGGCAUAAAAGCAUUAUAUGUUAGCUUUCACAAAUCAGAAAUGUGUAUUGAUAAGUCUUGAUAAUCUUGUCAGCAAUGUGACACAGACUAUAUCUUUAUUUUUCUGUAAUUUUGUCAUAGUACCUGCUUUGGUGCAGCUGUGACAAAGGUAUGUAUGCAUGUUCUUGCUGGAAUGUUCCUUUGUCUGAUUCAGUAACUUGAAAAAUGUGUUACUAUCCAUGACCUUGUUAUCUAUAUGAAAGCUAUAUAUUCAUCAAAUGUAAAUAUAAAAUAUAUAUUUAUUGUAUUUUAGUAUAUUUAUAAAAUGUAAUUGAUAUAUAUUGAAUUGGCACUUUUAUUUUGGAUCAUACCUGAAUUAUACUGUUAAUAUAAUUCAGAGCUAAGUUACUUUGACUAGCUGGCAUUAUCAGUGCUUUAAAUAUGAAGUCAUUUCAAUGUUUUAAAUAUAUUUUCAAACUACAUAAACAAC